UCCUUCCCUUCUCUAAUAAGUGUCCUCGAGGAUAACAUACAUCCUCUGAGCCUCUCUUCUUUCCAAGUUAAAACCCUUUUUUUCUUCAUCCUCGCUUACCUACUUUCCUGGCUUUGUGGAUACUGUGGUGGUUAUAGGAAGGCUGGGAGAAGCAAUGGCUUGCAAGGAAGUGCUCAGUCAAGAUGAUCAAGAGAAAGCCAUGGAGGGAUCUGAGAAAGGUUAGUUUUUUAUGGUUGUUUUUUUAUUAUUUUUUUAUUUGGACGGGAAGAAUGGCACACCUCAUCUUUAAUGGAGGAGUACAGUUAAAACUUUUAAAAGUACUCAGUUUUUGUUUGUUUUUUCCCAUCAUUUGAAUUAAAGUUCUGCUCUUUAAGUGGUUUGGACAUUUGGCUGUUUGGUAUGAGGAAAAUGUGGACGACCGAGAAGGACGGUAGGAGUGUAUUAUAAUAUUUGGAGAGAAGAUGGUUUUUUGUUUUGUCUCCCUGUCCACAUUCAUUUGUGAAGAAGACCAGCAAACGCUGAGGAUAGGACUUUUCCUCUCGUUGCUCUUCGAUUCCAGUCUUCUAUGAGGAAAUACAAGGGCAUACAAAUAUCUAAAUCGUGUCAAAGGAAAACGUCAAAAUCAGUUUUUUAUUUACCAUUCCCCACAGUUUUCUACGUUUCACAUUCAUUUUUUAUCAAAAUUGCAGAGGAAAAGAAAGAGAAUUUGAAAAUGAAGUCUGAGGAGAAUAGUACCGAGUGUGCUGAUGGCUCAGGUCAAUCCUUUCCUCGUGGAGUGGUAGAGAUUCCAAUAUCUGAAGUUCAUUCUGAUGGUGGAAGCAGCAGCGAGAGUUCGUCCUCAGAGAGAUCGGUGAGUUCGGAUGGGAGCUCGUUGGAAUCUCAUAAUUCUCAGCGGAGAAGUCUGAUCGGCGGGCUGCGUCUAAGGAAGAACAUGUCUAUUAGGAGGUUGUCGACUUUCCCACCAUCAUUAAGAGGCUCGUUUUCUGAGAGGAGGAGCUCGGAGAGUUUUUCAAGCUGCAAAGAUCAAUCAAGUAUAGAUUUAGAGGAGACUCCAAUGAGGAGGCCAUCUUGGAGAAACUUUGAGUACCAAGAGCUUGUAGUGGCAACGAAUAACUUCAGCCAUGAAAAUUUAAUUGGAAAAGGAGGACAUGCAGAGGUUUACAAAGGCCGCCUUCCUAACGGCCAACUAGUGGCUGUCAAGAGGUUAACUAAGACAGACAAAGAGGAUGAGAGAAUUGGUUAUUUCUUAUCUGAGCUUGGAAUCAUUGCGCACGUUAACCAUCCGAAUGCUGCACAGCUUCUGGGCUUUAGUGUUGAGGGAGGAUUACACAUGGUUCUCCAAUUCUCUCCACAUGGAAGUUUGGCCUCCUUGCUUCAUGGUUCUAAGGAGGGCCUUAAGUGGAAGAAAAGGUUUGAUAUUGCCUUGAAGGUAGCAGAAGGGCUUUGCUAUCUUCAUGAAGGAUGCCAAAGGCGCAUUAUACAUAGAGACAUAAAGGCCUCCAACGUUCUUCUCACUAAAGAUUACCAACCUCAGAUAUCCGACUUCGGGCUUGCGAAAUGGCUCCCAGACAAAUGGAGCCACCAUAUUGUGUUUCCCAUUGAAGGCACAUUUGGAUACAUGGCUCCUGAGUACUUCAUGCAUGGAGUGGUGAAUGAGAAGACUGAUGUGUUUGCAUUUGGGGUACUGCUGCUUGAGCUCAUAACUGGCAGGAAAGCGGUUGAUUCCUCUCAAAAAAGUCUGGUGAUAUGGGCGAAGCCGUUUCUCGACGCCGAUGACUUCCAGGGAUUGGCCGAUCCAUCAUUCGGAGACGAUCCUGACCCUAAAGAUCUCAAGCUUUUAAUAUCAGUAGCAUCAAUGUGCAUCCACCACAUCUCAACCUCCAGGCCGAGCAUGAACACGGUCGUGCGGAUCCUUAGGGGAGAGAUCGGAACACAGGAGCUCGUCGAGGCCGACCAGCUGCUCUUUGACGCCUGUGAUUUGCAGGACUAUUCCUGCUCGAGUUAUGUAACGGAUCUCCACCGGCACAGGCAGCUUGCAUUGGAGCAGUGAAGCCUGUGGACACGACGGCUCUCUUUUGUUAGAUUCCAUUGUUGUUGUUGUAGAAGUUUAAAGAGAUUUUUGUGGGCUUAGAUUGAAAAAAAAAUCUGGUUUUGAAUGUUAUGAUUAAUAUGGAUAUUAAUCAUUGGCUUAGGGUUUUUUUUAA